CUAACUCCUAACUGUACUUAUAUGAAACAAUGUAUGAUUAUUCAUUCAGUCGGUUCUCAUUUCUUUCUCACAAGAAGACUCUUUUUCAUUCCAUUCGAUUCGAUUACAGUUAAAGUAAGAUGCCCGAGAGAAUAACAGCAGAAGGUAUUAUGGAGAACAUCAUGGAAAAAUUUGCAGACAAUGUUCCAAAACACAAAUCCGUUUCAUUCUUUGAUGAAGACAAAUCAAGUUCUGUUAGUACCCAUCUCAAUAAACUGUUUGGACGCCAGAAAUCAAUGCACAAAAUUUUUGGGGGUGGAAAAUCUGCUGAUGUGCUUUUGUGGAGGAAUAAGAAGAUCUCUUUUGGGGUGUUGGCCAGUGCUACAGUAAUCUGGAUUCUCUUUGAAUGGCUAAACUACAAUUUUAUGUCUCUUGCCUGCUUUGGCUUGGGACUUGGCAUGCUUGCACAAUUUGUAUGGGCAAAUGCUUCUGGUUUAAUGAGCAGGUCUCGAUCUAGUGUUUCUCGUGUUGCUCUACCCGAAGAGCUAUUUGUCAAUAUUGCCAAAUCAGUUGGUGCUGAAGUCAACAAGGGUCUUGCAUUUCUUCAGGAUGUUGCAAUCAGAGGAAACACAAAAUUGUUUCUUGGUGUUGUAGCGAGUUUGUGGAUUGCUGCUAUUAUCAGCAGCUGGUGCAACUUCUUGACUCUCCUGUAUAUUGGUUUUGUUGGGGCACAUACAUUGCCAGUUGUGUACGAGAAGAAUGACGAUAAGGUGGAUGCAUUUGUGUACAAAGCAUUGGACCAGCUUCGCAAUAACUACAAGAAGCUGGAUUCCAGUGUUCUUAGUAGAAUCCCAAAAGGAAGACAGUUUAAGGGGAAAAAGCUUGAAUAGCUCGAUACUAACUACUUCUACAUAAUGUGUAUGAUCCUCUUGAUUGUGUUUGUGUAGUAGAGAAGCUUGGUAUCGACAUCUCUGACAUACUGUUAUGUAGAAAUAUUGCGUGGUAACGAUCUUUUCACGCAGUGGAGUUAGACAAUUGUACUAUGUUUAUGAUGUCAGCUCAACCUAGAAUUUCUUGAGCAUUCAAAUAAUGAUGUGUAUGAUGUAGAGGGAUGGUGUUCAUUAGGUUAUUAAAGGCUGU